AUGGGCCAGACGGCAGGCGACCUUGGCUGGCGGCUCAGCCUGUUGCUGCUUCCCUUGCUGCUGGUUCAAGCUGGUGUCUGGGGAUUCCCAAGGCCCCCAGGGAGGCCCCAGCUGAGCCUGCAGGAGCUGCAGAGGGAGUUCACAGUCAGCCUGCAUCUCGCCAGGAAGCUGCUCUCCGAGGUUCGGGGCCAGGCCCACCGCUUUGCGGAAUCUCACCUGCCGGGAGUGAACCUGUACCUCCUGCCCCUGGGAGAGCAGCUCCCUGAUGUUUCCCUGACCUUCCAGGCCUGGCGCCGCCUCUCUGACCCGGAGCGUCUCUGCUUCAUCUCCACCACGCUUCAGCCCUUCCAUGCCCUGCUGGGAGGGCUGGGGACCCAGGGCCGCUGGACCAACAUGGAGAGGAUGCAGCUGUGGGCCAUGAGGCUGGACCUCCGCGAUCUGCAGCGACACCUCCGCUUCCAGGUGCUGGCUGCAGGAUUCAACCUCCCGAAGGAGGAGGAGGAAGAAGAGGAGGAGGAGGAGGAGAGGAAGGGGCUGCUCCCAGGGGCACUGGGCAGCGCCUCACAGGGGCCGGCCCAGGUGUCCUGGCCCCAGCUCCUCUCCACCUACCGCCUGCUGCACUCCUUGGAGCUCGUCUUAUCUCGGGCCGUGCGGGAGUUGCUGCUGCUGUCCAAGGCCGGGCACUCAGUCUGGCCCUUGGGGUUCCCAACAUUGGGCCCCUAGCCCUGAUCGGUGGCUUCUUAGCCCCCUGCCCCCCACCCUUUAGAACUUUAGGACUGGAGUCUUGGCAUCAGGGCAGCCUCCGCAUCAUCAGCCUUGGACAAGGGAGGGCUCUUCCAGCCCCCUGCCCCAGGCCCUACCCAGUAACUGAAAGCCCCUCUGGUCCUCGCCAGCUAUUUAUUUCUUGGAUAUUUAUUUAUUGUUUAGGGAGAUGAUGGUUUAUUUAUUGUCUUGGGGCCUGCUGGUCCUCCUCGGGCCAAGCCCCCAUGCUGGGUGCCCAAUAAAGCACUCUCAUCCACCCCUGGCCUCCGCUUCUCUUUGGGGAAGGGCUGCCUGACACCCAGAGGGCAGGGCAUCCUGGAACGGGGUCAGCAACCUCCAGCCAUCCUGAACCCCCCUCUGCUCCUACAUUUUUGGGGUCCCUGGCCCACCUUCCCCUACUAUGUCCUGCUCAGCCAGGCAGUUGCCAUCGUAACCAGCGGCAUCCUGAGGCUGAGCUACCGUUUUGGAAGCUCAAGGCAGCUCGUCUUUCAUUCUGAACAGUGCUCCUUCAGCCCUCCUAACUGCCUUCCUUUGGCCUGGAUGCAACUCUAGAGGUUUGUGUUAUCCCCACCCAGUUCUGAGGGUCUUGGUGCAGGGAGUUGGGCUGGGAAGCGGAAGUCAGAGAGGAAGGCCUGUAAGGAGAAUGGUCAC